AAAAGUGCAGCGCUACUGACUUUUACCACGUGUUCUCAAUAUUAUGAUAAAGACUACAUUGUGUGGGGAGUGGGUGGUCUCGGAGAUACUGCUUUCCAACACUUCAAGAGAGCAUCAACGUCUGACCCUCCCAUCCAUUUUGGCACGACUCCAGUUAACAUGUGUCCCCGUGAGGUCCAGUGCCAACAGUGCAGUGAACCAUUUGAAGCAGCUGUGAUUGAGGCUCUUGAAGACACUAUCUUCUCUGUUAGCAUAGGACCCUCUGGUGCUGACAGAGGCUAUGAGGCCAUUACUGGUCAAGUGGGAUGGCUUACUACAUCAAUAACACCUUGGUACCUGAGCUGGUGGUACAGAGAGACCAGGCCUACGUGUUCAUUGAGAUUGCUUUCCCUUGUAGACAAUUGGGUUCGUGAGUUUGAGGUGUGGUGUCCAGCCAUGACAGUCAUAGCGUACUGGGGUUCCCAACAGGACAGGUCUCAGAUGAGAUAUGAGAUCCUUUCCAAUCGUGAUAACUUUGAUGUCAUCCUCACAACGUACAAUGUGUGUAUAGGUCAGGCUGAGGACAGGAAGUUCUUUAGGAAGCUCUCUCUAGACUGUCUCGUACUGGACGAGGGACACAUGCUCAAGAACAUGAACUCACUGCGAUACACACACCUCAUGAAAAUACAGGGAUGUGACGGUCCUGAGGCUGGUGGGUGCACGUGGUGGGACAGUGGAAGAGGACAUCCUCCAGUUCUAGUCUGCACAGAGCAAGCUGCGACUGGAGCACGACCUCACAGCCUCCACUGACCACGAUGAUAAAUUGAACGUGACUGGUCUCCUACAGAAGGGUCUAGCAAGAUCUCAAACUAUGAACCUCCCAACCUAACGUUGACUAUUGAGUUUAGUUCUCAUUAAAAAAUUCCUUGAACUCCCUCAACAUCAUUCAGAUCAGUAUGUUUUAUUGUCAGUGAAUGCAGUGAUUUUUGUAAAAGAAAUACUACACUUUCGUUUUUGUGA